GUUGACGAACGCAACAGCUCCGUCAUCUUGACUGCUGAUCUACAAGUCGGGGCAGGUCGGACAAAGAAUCGCAUAUUUUAACCCCAGGCCGAAGUUACAGUGCUCUGGACAGCGUGUGCAGUGCUUGAUGGAUACUUACUAUCCCGAAACAAGACUGUUUGGUGGCGAUUAUGCUUUUGACUUUUGUAGUCUGUUUCCUGCUCAACAACUUUUGACAAAUCUAGCGUCUAAAGCAAUAUUACAAUCAGGAUAAGGACAGCGCGCACUUUUCCAUCCCAGUGAAAAACAGCAUAGAGAAAGGAUGUUUAGUCUAACUGAAGUUGCCUCCCUUAAUGACGUCCAGCCGAAGUACCGUAUUCUGAAACCAUGGUGGGAUGUGUUCAUGGAUUAUAUUGGAGUAAUAAUGUUGAUGUUAGCCAUUUUUUCUGGGACUAUGCAGUUAUCCAAAGACCAAGUGGCAUGUCUUCCCAUUCUUGAGAAAUGCAUAAAUCCUGAGGCAGCACAAAAUCGACUAGUAUGUCCCACAUCAGUUCUGGGCUCUGCACCCUCAACAACCACAGACCUUCCUGACAGUGUUGCAAAUGAACUCCUUACAACUCAACCUACUCACUUAAAAAGGGAAGAUAGGUGGUCUAAACCCAGAGGACGACAAACAAAUCUGGACUUUCAGCAGUAUGUUUUUGUCAACCAAAAGUGCUACCAUGAUGCCCUACCGUGGUACAACAAAUACUUCCCAUACCUUGCCCUCAUACACACCAUAAUGCUAAUGGUAAGCAGCAAUUUUUGGUUCAAGUACCCAAAGACCAGCUCAAAGAUUGAACACUUUGUUUCCAUUUUGGGGCGGUGCUUUGAAUCACCAUGGACAACGAAAGCUUUGUCUGAAACUGCUUGUGAAGAUUCUGAGGAAAAGCAGAGAUUCACAGGUGGUGUGGUUUUCCAGAAACACGUAUCCUCGGAUGACAACAGUCAGUCUACACCUUUAAUGGACACUCCAAAGGUGCAGUUUCCAACUGAAAAGCUUAUUGCAGAAGCUCCUAGCCUGACCACCUUAGACAAAAAAGAUGGAGAACAAGCCAAGGCUCUUUUUGAGAAAGUGCGAAAAUUUCGAGUCCAUGUAGAAGACAGUGACUUCAUCUAUAAACUCUACGUGGCUCAGACAGCGAUAAAAGCACUAAAGAUCGUUUUGAUCUUGAGCUAUACAUCAGCAUUUGCCUCAGAGAUCAGUUUCAGCCAUAUAUGCCGUCCUGAAAUUGAAAGUUUGAUCGGGUAUGAUCAGUUCUUUUGCACGCACAACAUGGCAUUCAUGUUGAGGAAACUUCUUUUCACUUUUAUGGCUAUGAUAUGUCUCUAUGGACUGGUGUGUUUGUAUACACUCUACUGGCUCUUCAGGAGACCUCUUAAGGAGUACUCUUUUGAAAAAGUCAGAGAGGAAAGUAGCUUUAGUGAUAUUCCUGAUGUCAAAAACGACUUUGCGUUUCUUCUACACAUGGUCGACCAAUAUGACCAGUUGUACUCCAAACGAUUUGGUGUAUUUCUCUCUGAGGUGAGUGAGAACAAAUUACGAGAAAUAAGCCUUAACCAUGAAUGGACGUUUGAAAAACUACGUCAGCAUGUGACUUCCAAUGCUCAGGAUGAACAAGAACUUCACCUCUUUAUGCUGUCGGGACUCCCUAAUGCUGUAUUUGACCUCACCGAUCUAGAAGUCCUCAAGUUAGAGCUUAUUCCUGAGGUCAGGAUUUCAGCUAAGGUUUCUCAAAUGACCAGCCUACGAGAACUACAUCUAUAUCACUGCCCAGCUAAAGUUGAACAAACUGCUUUCACUUUUUUCCGCGACCAUCUGCGAUGCCUUCACAUUAAGUUUACUGAUGUAGCAGAAAUCCCACCGUGGAUUUAUCUGUUGAGGAGCCUAAAGGAACUGAACCUGAUUGGAAACUUGAACUCUGAACACAACAAGAUGAUUGGUUUGGAGUCACUUAGAGAUCUGAGACACUUGAGGACAUUGUACCUCAAAAGCAAUCUCAACAAAAUACCAACUAAUCUAACAGAACUUUCACCACAUCUCACUAAACUGGUGAUACACAAUGAUGCAACUAAAUUACUGGUACUGAACAGUCUCAAGAAGAUGACGAGCCUGGUUGAUUUGGAGCUCCAGAACUGUGAUUUGGAGAGGAUACCCCAUGCAAUCUUUAGCUUGGCUAACUUGCAAGAACUGGAUUUGAAGAAUAAUAAUAUCCGGACCAUUGAGGAGAUCAUAAGCUUUCAGCACCUGAGAAGAUUGAUGUGCCUCAAGUUAUGGUACAACAAGAUCACUGCUAUUCCAACAUCGAUAGGCUUAGUGAAAAGUCUGGAGUCCCUCGUUAUCUGUCAAAAUAAACUAGAGACCCUUCCUCCAGCUUUGUUUCAUCUGCCCAAACUGAGGCACAUUGACCUCAGCCACAACUGCAUCUCAAGUAUACCAGUGGAGGUUGGAUACCUCCACAACCUUCAACAUUUCGCGAUCACUGGGAACAAGGUAGAGGUUCUGCCUAAUCAACUGUUUAAAUGUUCAAAACUAAAGGUUUUAUGUGUGGGUCAGAACAGCAUCACAUCCAUCCCAGAGGCGAUUGGGCAGUUAGUUCAGCUGUCCCAUCUAGAGCUCAAAGGGAACUGCUUAGAUUGCCUUCCAUUCCAGCUUGGCCAGUGUCGCCGCCUUCGGAAAAACCUCCUUUUCGUGGAGGAACAUCUUUUCAACACACUGCCUCUGGAGGUCAAGGAAAGUAUCAGUACUAGUGAUUAAUGGACUGAUGGACAUUUAAAUUCUGCAAGAAAUCUUUAAAAAUUUCUAUGGGCCUGUCAUCAAAAAUAUGGUCUAAAAAUGGGCCUCAAAGACAGGAUGCAAAUACACAUGUUGCAAAGAACAGGGUUGUGUUUGCUUCUGCUUGCCAUUUGUUUCCGUUAUGUCCUGUUAUACUUAUACAUUGUGUUAUUGACAUAUAUAUAUUUUUUCUUGUCAUAUUGAAUAUGCAGGCUAAUGCAUAUUGUAAAGAGACAGUGCACCCAAAAAUUGCCAUUCUGUCAUUAUUUACUUGUCAUCCCAAACUUGUAUGACUUGUAUGACUACUAUGGAACAAAAACAGAUAUUUUGAACUGUUUUUGUCCAUUAAUGGGGUCCCAAACAACAUCCAACCCUACUGACUUAAAUUGUAUGGACAAAAACAUAAACAGAAUGACCAUUUCUGGGAGAACUUUCCCUUUAAGUAUUGAAAGGUCAAGUAUGGAAAACUUCAGUAUUCAGUGAGGUCUUUUAACUCUUUAGAUAUGGAAACAAUCCCAACUUAGAAAUCAUUUAAGUUUUUUUUUUUUUUUUUUUUACAACAUUAAACAUGUAAAUGUAUCUCUAGAUUUGUCCUUUAAGUUCAGGAGCUGCUCUUUUCAGCAUUUUAUACACUUCAAAAGACAAGAUCCGACAUGAUGAAAGAUUUGAUGAAACACCUUUUCCCUGUAGCAAUAACAGCAAUAUUGCAACAUG